GACACGGAGACGUGAGUCCUUUCCAGUAAAAUCCCUCGAAUGAUUCUAACUCUCGGCUACCUUUUAGCUUCAUUUUUUAAACUGAUUGGAGUCACUGGACCAACACAACAGAAAAACAUCAUGGCCAAUGAACGUACUUAUAUCAUGGUUAAACCAGACGGUGUCGAUAGAGGCCUUGUCGGCGACAUUAUCAGCAGAUUUGAGAAACGUGGCUACAAACUGGUAGCUCUUAAGCUUAAAUUGGCUAGCGAAGAGUUAUUGCGUGAGCAUUAUGCAGAUUUAGCAGGAAAACCUUUCUUCAAUGGUCUUGUCGCAUUUAUAGGAUCUGGACCAGUUGCAUGCAUGGUAUGGGAAGGUAAAGAUGUAGUUAAAACCGGUCGACGAAUGUUAGGAGAAACUGAUCCGCUGAAAUCACUUCCUGGAUCUAUUCGUGGUGAUUACGCUAUUGAUCUGGGACGAAACGUGUGCCAUGGAAGCGACUCUGUUGAAAGUGCUAACAAGGAAAUUAAGUUGUGGUUUAAUGAGGAUGAAUUAGUCAAUUGGAAUGCAAGUCUCUAUAAAUCGAUUUACGAAUAAAUCUUUUGGAGGAAAAGAAUUUUUGAAUAUACGUCGUAGUUAUCAAAUCGAGAAGCGUACUACAAGUGCAUGUUGGAUCCAUUCCGAAUGUAUUUAGUAUUUGAUCGAUUGUAAUCUUGCUUAAAAUAAAGUAAGC